AUAGGCCAGCGCCGCCCGGCAGCGCUUCUCACCACACCUCGCGCGUAGCAGCCGAAGAACGCCGGGAUCUAGUCACUCCUCUAGGCUCGCUGGCUCUAGCGCAAACCGACGGUGCCAUGUUUACCGCCCGCACUGUGGAUUAUCCAAUGGAUUAUACAAUGGACGACCAUCCUCGGGAUCUGCUGAAGAAGGACCGGCAGCUCAGCCUGGUCCAGGACGAUCGCCACGACAGCGGCUUGGACUCCAUGAAGGACGAGGAGUACGACCAGCUCGUCCGGGACCUGGAAGACAUCCGCGUCCAGCCCAAGGAAGCCUGUACGGCCCUGCAGAGCGCUCCCUGCCAGCCGGGCCAGGCUUGGAAGCAGCAAGUGACUGAAGACGGAGACACAUUUCUCCAUCUGGCUAUUAUUCAUGAAGAAAAGCCUCUGAGUUUGGAAAUUGUUCGCCAGACAGGAUGUGACAGAGUCUUCCUGAAUUUCCAGAAUAAGCUAGGCCAGACUCCACUUCACUUGGCCAUGAUCACAGAUCAGCCAGAAAUUGCUGAGGCUCUUCUGAAAGCCAGCUGUAACCCAGAGAUCCGGGACUUCCGAGGAAACACACCUCUGCAUAUCGCUUGUGAACAGGGAUCUCUGAGGGGUGUUGGUGUUCUCACACAGUACUCCUCUCCUCACCACCUCAGCUCCCUCCUCCACUUGCGCAACUACAAUGGACACACCUGUCUCCAUUUGGCAUCUGUUCAAGGGUAUCUGGCCAUUGUUGAAUGUCUCCUGUCCUUAGGAGUGGAUGUCGAUGCUAAGGAACCAUGCAAUGGUAGAACGGCCUUGCAUUUGGCUGUAGAUCUGCAGAAUGAAGAACUGGUGUCACUCCUGUUAAAACAUGGCGCAGAUGCAAACAAAGUCACCUAUCAGGGCUAUUCUCCAUACCAGCUCACUUGGGGGAGAAACAACUCUGUCAUACAGGAACAGCUGAGGCCAUUUACCACACUGGACCUACAGAUGCUGCCCGAAAGUGAAGAUGAAGAUAGCUGUGAAUCAGAAUCAGAGUGCACGGAGGAUGAACUUCUGUAUGACGACUGCGUUAUUGGAGGACGAUUUGUGCCUUGUUAAAGCAGGAGGGUUGCAAACAAAAUGUGAACGAUUACUGAACUAUCACACUGCACAGCAUAGAGCAUGUUGUCAUAACAACAGGUAUCGCAGUUCGAGCAUGAAUUGUGGUUGUCAGACACCAGGAGAAAUCGGGGCUCGUUUACACCAGAGAGUUGAUUGUCCAAAUAGAUGAGCAGAAUGAGAAACAGAGGGUCCAGCUACAUAUUGGCUCAGUACUCCGCAAAAGGGCUGGCCAAAUUCUCACCAUCCUGCGGGAAAACAUUCUGAACGCGUCUGGCAGGCUGAUGAAAUGCAUCCCAGAGACUGAGCUCAGGUGUGCUUUGUACUGCGCAGCAGGCAAAGGCGCACAUUGCAGCCUAAAGUAUAACCUGUUGUCCACCCACAGGAAAGUGAACAAUAGCAUCCAGACUGUAUAUUGUAUGACCCUGUGCCUUC